AUACUAAACCAACAAAAUGCGUAACAUGAUGGAUGCUGAAAGUCAGGGGGACAUGAUCAUUGGUUUUGGACUUGUCCUGGGGCGUUUUUGGGACCUACCUCUUACAAAUCUUCAACCUAUCUAAUUUCUGAUUCAGUUUGUGUACCACAGGAAAAAAUAAUAAUGAGAACAUAUGAGAGAUACUGGUGGUGGGUUAAGAAGAAGAAGCAAAUGGCUUUGGUGUUGUUCAUGAUAGUAACGUUGAUGCUUCAACUCCAGAUGAAAGGAUGUGUCGGUUGUCUGGAAACUGAACGGAUGGGUCUGUUGCAACUCAAGUCGUAUCUCAAGAAUGGUUUUAAAGUAGAAGAAGAAAGCAUGCUGAAAUCAUGGAGUCAUGAUGAUCCUAUCAGUGAUUGCUGCCACUGGAAAAGGGUAAAGUGUAGUGACGCUACUACCGGUGGCUACGUAGUCCACCUCUCGCUUGAUGAACUCAUACCCGCCAGUUAUGAGUUAGAAAACCAGUCUCUAAAUCUGUCUUUGUUCCAUAGCUUCCCUCGACUCCAAAACCUUAAACUUUCGUUCAAUAAGUUCAGUGACUUGUUUGAUCCCAUCAAUGUACUGACAGGUAUGACAAUGUUGCAAGAACUGGAUCUAAGUAAUAAUGGAUUCACCGACUUCGACAAGCUAGGUGUAACGCUUCCUUCAUCUUUACACGUACUGAAUCUUGCAAACAAUCAAUUACCAUCGACACCAAAAGGCUACUUGAAGAUUUGCGCAUUAAUGAAUCUUAGAGAGCUGGAUUUAAGCUCCAAUGCUUUGACAAAUACUCCUUAUUGUCUGGCUAACUUAAGCCGUCUUCGAACUCUUGAUCUAUCCGAAAACAAAAUCAGUGGAGACUUGUCUUCCUUUGUACCUGGUCUACCAUCAACGCUUGAGUACUUAUCCCUUUUUGAUAAUGACUUCAACGGUUCCUUCUGGUUCAGUUCGCUGGCCAAUCACACAAGACUCACAGUAUUCAAGUUGUCAACGAAACUUGGUACGAUCCAAACUCAGGCUGAGAGCUCCUGGCUUCCACCGUUUCAGUUGAAGAUACUUAAGCUAAAGAAAUUCAACCUUGGCAGCACAAUCCCUACCUUUCUUGCUCAUCAACAUGACUUACGCUCCAUCCAUAUUACUUAUAGCCAAUUGAAAGGAGCAUUUCCGGUCUGGCUUGUGAAGAAUAAUACAAGGCUGGCGGCUAUUAGACUGACCAACAAUUUGUUGACAGAGCUUCGACUACCUUCUAGGCUUGUUCAUGGACUAAAUUUUCUUGAUGUCUCAUGUAACAGGAUAUAUGGUUCACUUCCAGAAGACAUAGGGAUUGUUUUUCCACAUCUAAGGUACAUGAACUUUUCUUCAAACCACAAUCAUGGAACCAUUCCAUCUUCUAUGGGCGAGAUGAAAAGUCUAGAAUUCUUGGACAUGUCCGAUAAUCGUCUAUAUGGUCAGCUACCCAAUACGUUUGUACGUGGUUGCUACUCGCUGAGUGUUCUGAAGCUCUCCAAUAACCAACUCCAGGGGAAAGUAUUUCCGAGGCAUGCAAAUCUUACUAGUUUAGUUUGGUUGUUUCUUAAUGGCAACCGUUUUGGCGGGAGUCUUGAACAAGGUUUGUUGAACUCAAAGUCUCUACGUCUGUUGGACAUAUCAGAUAAUAGCUUUUCCGGCACGCUUCCAUAUUGGAUUGGUAAAAUCUCGGGACUAUCCUUUCUACUCAUGAGGGGAAACAAGCUAAAAGGUCAGGUGCCUCAUCAACUACAAAAUCUACAGCUUUCGGUUGUAGACAUGUCCCACAAUAGCUUUUCUGGCUCCAUUCCAAGGAAUUUUAAUGUUUCAUCUCUCAGGGAAUUAAGGCUACACAGCAAUGAGUUUAUGGGUUCAGUUCCGAGCUAUUUAUUCAAGGCUAAGGGAUUACAGGUGCUCGAUUUGCGGCACAACCGUAUUUCUGGAAUGAUUCUGAAUACUAUUGGGAAGACAUCUGACUUGGGAGUUCUUCUUCUAGGGAAUAAUAGCUUUCAGACUCAUAUCCCUGAAAAAAUAUGUCAGCUAAGUAAUGUUGGUCUCUUGGAUUUAUCUCACAACAAAUUCAAAGGCGCCAUACCAUCAUGUUUUGGUAAAAUGUCUUUUGGAUACAAUGCAAUAAUCAAUCCAUAUGAUUAUUCAGUAGGAUUUUCAUCCUUUCAACGCUGGCGCUAUCCAUCAGCUCUUUACCUUGUUGAUACCCAACUAGAGCUUGGCCUUCAGUCAACACCAGCAACUACAGUUAAUUUUUUAUCGAAAAGCAGAUAUGAAACAUAUCAAGGUGAUAUUCUUCGCUAUAUGUAUGGUCUGGAUUUGUCAAGCAACCAAUUAUCCGGUGAGAUUCCAGUUGAAGUUUGGGAUCUUAAGAACAUCAUAUCCCUGAAUUUUUCAAGCAACCGCCUCAUCGGCUCCAUACCAGAUUGCAUUUCAAAUCUGAAGAGUUUGGAGAGUCUGGAUUUAUCUAACAAUAAAUUACAUGGAAACAUCCCUCCUCAGCUAGCCGAUCUCAACAAUUUAGGAUACUUCAAUGUCUCAUAUAACGAUUUGUCAGGUGAAAUCCCUUUCAAAGCCCAUCUUGUGACCUUUGAAGCAACAAGUUACAUAGGCAACGAUCAGCUUUGUGGACUUCCUACCAAUAAAAGUUGCAAAACCUCGAAAGAAUUUGAAAAGCAGUUCAAAGAGGAAGAAGAAGAGGAAGAGGGUGAUGGUGUGAUAGAUAUGAUGUGGUUGUACUGGACGUCUGGUGCAGUCUUCAUCUCCACAUCAUUGGUUUUGUUUGCUUCCCUCUGCAUAGACUCACGCUGGUCCCGUGAAUGGUUUUAUCGUGUUGAUUUGUUCAUUCAUCGUCUUCAAAGCUUUAAAGGACGUUUCGUGUGCAAGUGAUUCCAUGAUGGGUCAGUCCAAGGUACACUGUUACCUAUUUGCUAAAACAUGUAUGUUUGACGUUAUUAUCUUUGAAUAAGGACAAUCUUAAUAUUCUAUGUUUGUGGUGUAUGUCAUCAGUAGAAGAACAUGUCAAAAAAAUAUUAGUGGUAUUAAACAGUUUCACAAACUUCUAGUUCACGUAUCA